AUGUGUGUUUGGAGGCCACCUGCGGAGCCGAACAACGCUGCGAGGGAAGCUUCUUCAAAAAGUUCAUACCCCCGCGUGUCCUACCAUUCUUCCACGCAUGGUCAAUGGAUCAAUGCGAGAGUGGUCGCGGCCGAUCCGCAGAAAGGGGCUGUGCAGAUAGACAAGAAGCCAGGAAUAUGGAUCUCGGCUGAGGACUCUCGAUUAAGGAUCGGCCAGGGUGCGGCUUUGCAGCAAGCUGCCAUGGACAAGGCGCGCGUCGUAACCCUACCGGUGCCAAGCGUGUCAUCGUCGGUGCAGAGCACGGAGCCUCUGAAGGAGGUGUCGGUGCCCAGCACCAACGGCGUCUCCAAGGCAGCUCAGCAGGAAACGGCCGCAUCAGCUCAGGCCGUGAGAUUCCCAGCCCCUCGGAUUCUGGGCGGCGUGAAUGGCGUCAAGCAAGAGAACGCCUCUGUGCUCCUGCGCGAGGCAGAGCAGGAGGUUUCCAGGCAGCAGCCUCUUCAGCCCAGAGGUGCGGCCCCCAACAUCGUCCUGGGCGGAGAGGCGCCCAAAGUGAUCGGUGGAUUUGCAGACGGCCACUGCCCCUCCACGUCUUCUUCACCACGCAAGUCUUCGAAAGAGAAGCCCUCACCGCAGCGUGCUCGGAUUAUCGUGGACACUCCUGCCCCGGAGGAUCCCGCCAGUCCAGAGCGAACGCCUCAGGGCAAAUCCUGGUUCAAAUGCCCGGAGUGUGGUACUAUGGUGGAGAGCAUUGAGGAGGCCGUCGUCCACUGUGAAGCGACGACCAGCCCGACCAAAGGUGGAUCUGGGCAGGAUGCUGAAGCUCCAGACAAUGCUUUGUCAGGCCUGCCCAAAGGGGAACCUGUAGCCUACGAUGAGCUCGGCCGGCCUUUGAUCAUGAGGGUCAAGGAUCCGGAGACCAGCCAGAAUCGAACCUUGGUGAGGCAAGACACCGGAGCCUACCGAGCCUUCGAUGAUGGAGAUGUCGACACCCUGCUGAACUCCGUGACAGACGACGUUUCCAAGUAUCUCGAUGGCCUCUCCACGACUGAGCUCCGUGGGCUAGUUCACGAGGUCGGUCAGCGGUUGCUGGAAAACUCCCAGCUUUAUCACAGCCGGCUCUCCGAGCUCGAGAAGCUCGGGGAGCAGGCGAACUUCGCCUUCUUCGGCCUCGGCUGCGACGCCACGGAGCGGGACCUGGACAACGCGUACCGCAAACUUGCGAAGAAGAUGCAUCCGGAUAAGAACGGUGGAACAGAAGAAGCCAAGAAGAGGUUUCAGGGGAUGAAGGAGAGGUACGAAGCAUUGAAGAAGCGAUUGGCCGGGGACAGUGGCGAUGCCGAGGAGCCCGAAAAGGAGAACGACGAAGGCGACGACGCAGCUGCUAACAAAGAGAAAGAUCAGGAGAAGGAGAAGGGCGAUGGCAAGUCCAUCGAGUACGAUCCGGGAGACAAGGACUCCAUGGUCCAAACGGUCUCCAAGAUGGCCGGCCAGCUGAAGAAUAUCGAGAUACAAAUGAGUGUCUUGAUGAAGGAGCUUACACGGGUGAAGUCGCAGGUGCCCUGA